AUGUCAGUGGCGCCGGCGGUGAAGCGCGAGGUGGAAUUGGAGAACGGCGGCGGCAGUCCGGGGCGCAAGCGACGCAAGCAGGCGGCCCCCUCCCGAGCGCCCCCGCCCGCGCCCCCUCCCCUAGACCUGCACGCGAAGAUGGCAGACAUUUACAAGAGCGCUCUCGCCUUCGGAGAGCUCGCGCUGCCGACCUUCGACCCGCUCGCCGCCUUCCGCCUCCUACCGCGACACGAUCCACCGCGCAUCUUCAAUCCGGAAGCCUACUGUGACCUCUGCUGUAAGGAGUUCUGCAACAAGUACUUCCUUAAAACGCAUCGCGCCAAUAAGCAUGGUAUUUACGACGGCAACGAGCCUCAGCCGGCCGCACCUCCUCCUGCGCAACCCUCACCCCCGCGGCGUGCAUCCGACGAGGAGUCCGGCGGCACUCCACGGAGACUGUCGCCUGAUUCAGCGCGACGUGCUCGCGAAGCCGGCUUCCAACCCGACGUGCUGCGAAGGCUCGGAGUCGUCAACCCUGAAGCGUUCUGCGAGAUAUGCUGCAAGGAGUAUUGCAACAAAUAUUUUCUGCGGACGCACAGGGAAAGAAGACACGGGGUUCCACUGAUGCACUCGUUGUCGAUGGAGCAUUCUCCGCCGUCAAUCACUCCACCUGGAGGACAGUUGAUCACCUCGCUCAGCACGCCCUUGGGUACACCGCUGGGCACACCGCUGGGAACCCCACUGCCGCCACCGCUGAAUACGCCACCUGCCCUGCCGGCUCCACCGCCUGAUACGCCACCGCGGUCUCAUUCGCUCCCGCCACCGUUCGACACUGAAGAGAUGGCGGAGGUAAAACGAGAGUGCGAAGACGAUUUUGAGGCAGUACUUCGCGACGGACAGACGAGUCCUCUCAAUCUCAUCGUAGAGGAGCGAGGCGCCGCGUCCCCGGGCUCCGCCAGCGAAGAACUCCGCAAGCUGCAGACGAUGAUAUCGCAGCUGAACGAGCUCGCGGCCGAGAGAUUAGCAGAAGACCCGGGAGAAGGCGGAAUGCGGCCCCCUUCAGCCUCGCCGCCCCCGCCCGACGAGCGCCGAGCUUCAUCAUCAGGAUCGAGUUUCUGUGAAAUAUGCAACAAGGAGCUGUGCAACAAAUAUUUCAUGCGCACUCACAUGCAGCGCAUGCACGGCAUCUCGCUUGAGAGCGGCACACAGCUGGGUGGCGUCACGUGUGACAUUUGUCACAAGGAGCUUUGUAGUAAAUAUUUCCUACGUGUACACAAGCAUAACACGCACGGCAUCCCGGCACCGCCCGCCCCCGCCACGUCUGCGCCCGCGGAGCCGUGCCCGCUGUGCGCGCGGAGGUUCCGGGGACCGCGUGCACUGCGCGCCCACUUGCUCGCAGAGCACGCUCCGCCCGCGAGACCGCCACCCCCGCCCCCGCGACCGCUAGACCUGCUGGCGAGAGACAAGCCCUAUGCGUGCUCAUACUGUCCGUUCACGACGGACGUUCUCGCGUUUUUGUUCGCCCACGAGCGCGCGCACGCCCAGCAACAACAGGCGGCGAGCGAAGCGGCGGAAACGCCUUGCGAAGUUCAGAUCGGAGCGGGCGAGCCAGAGGGCGGCGAACACAAGGCGGAGGCGGUGGACGAUAUCGAGGGCGAGGCGGACGCGUCGUACUCGUGUUCACGCUGCUCGUUUCGUGCGGAAGGGUUCGCGGCGCUGGAGGCGCACCUGAGGGCGGCGCACGGCGGGGCGGGUGCGCUGCUGGCGGUGCCGCGAGCCCCGCAGGCGCCGCUCACGAUGCAGCCCUUCGUGGUGGAGGAGGCGGGCGGCGCACUGAGCCUGGUGCCGUCGCUGGUGUUCCUGCCGGUGCGGCGCCGCGCCACCCGCCGCGCCACCGUCACGCUGACGCUCACGCCGGCCUAGCCGCGAGCCCAUCCCGCGGCUGCUCUCGACUCUACUCACUACAUUUAACGCUGUGUGCCUUCAAGCGAUUGCUGAAAAAAUAUAAUGAGACGUAAUAAUUGUAAUCGGAGAAGCUGUCCGCGGCCGCCCGCUCGA